AUGUCGACGACCACUCUCCAGCACCCUUCGAUAGGGACCAUUCUCGGCAAUGAGGGCAAUGGAGUGUAUCAAUUCCUGGGUUUGCAAUAUGCUGUGCUGCGGGAUCGCCUGGCCGAGUCUCAAGUCAAGUCAACAUACCAGACUCCAGUCAAUGCGACCAACUACGGGCCUUCAUCGUUCUCUCCCCCAACAGGGUUCGACAACGAGAUGGGAUUUAUUCAGCAAGCACUACCGAAGCCCGAAAUGGUUCAUUCAGAUAUCGACUGCCUGAAUUUGAAUAUUACGGUGCCUAGUGCUCAAAAUGGCAUCCCUUCGGAGAGGAAGCUCCCCGUUUUCAUCUGGAUGCACGGGGGAGGAUUUGUGGUAGGAGCAAAUUCGUGGCCUCAUUAUGAUCAUGCCAAGGUCGUCAAAUUGGCAAGUGACCAUGGCGUUCCCGUCAUCGGAGUAGGUGUCAAUUUUCGCCUCGGACUCCCAGGUCUCCUGACGUCAGAUGAGUUGCGACAACAUGGGUACAAAUCGAACAACGUGCUCCGUGAUCAGAGAAAUGCUUUCAAAUGGGUCAAACAAUACAUAUCUGGAUUUGGUGGAGACCCUGAAAACAUCACAGUCAUCGGGGAAAGCACAGGGGCAGUUGCGACAACUCUUCAUCUAUACUCCAAAGAACCACUCUUCAACCGCGCCAUCGCCACAGGCGGCUCUUGUCUUCUGGUGCCGCCUUUCUCUCCCCAGGAUCAUGAAAGCGUCUACCAGAAAGUCCUGGCAGUCCUUGGCUCGGAGGAUUUGGGACCCGAAGAACGAAUCCAGAAGCUUUUGUCCAUCCCAAUGGACGAGAUCAUCGCGAAGCUCCCCCCAUAUAUUACGUUUCUGCCUAUGGUAGAUGGCGACAUCAUUCCUUGUAGGCCUACCUUUGCAGCGGUAUCCGACCCUGCAGACGAAAGCAUGCCUGGUAAACAGUGGUGUGAAGGUUUGACCAUUGGGGAUAGCCAGUUCGACGCUUCUACAUUCGGAUUCAUGAUGGCUCACCUCAAACCUAACAUCCGGCAAAAGUUCUCUGCCUCAAUCCGGUCUUCGCUAUCAUCAACCCCGCAUAUUGCAGAAUCUCUUCUCGAGUUGUACGACUUCAAGGCCAUUGCUCUCCUGGAUCCUAGAGAUGAUGACGAGAUCGCAUUUUUCAAUUUUCUCAAGUUCUGCACCGAUAUUGGAUACUACGCUGCCACCACAUCCUUCGCUCGUGGGUGGCCGUCAUCCAAUUCCAAAAUCUUCACUUUUUUCUUCAAUGAACCCAAUCCAUGGCCAGGCGUGUACCAGGGAUUGGCGACACACGUGCUCGAUGUGGUAUUUCUGUUCCAAAAUUAUAACGACAAGCUUCCUCCAUCACAAGAAGCAGCAGCAAAGGAAUUUGCUCUGGAUCUGAUGAGAUUUGUUUCUGGAAAGGAUCCUUGGGAAGAAAAUAUUGUCUCUCAGAGGAAAGCGAAAGUCUUUGGGCCUUCAACCGGUGAUGGUCGAUCCGUGAGCAGGAUUAUUGACAAUGCAGAGUCAGAGGCUUCGGGGAGACGAAUAGCAAUCUUGGACCUGGGAAAUGAGGUUGGAUUUGACGUGCUUGCUGAAGCACUUAGGAGAUUUCAGAUGGGUCAAUAA